AUGGAGCAGCAGCAGCAGCAGACCAAGGAGACGCCUGUGGAGCAGGAAGAUGAAUCAAUCUACCGCCUAGUGAGAGAGAAAUACUCGCAGCUCAGUGACGGCUGCUCCUCUUCCUCUCACGGCCGUUACAAGGUGCUGGCCGGCAUCGUAAUGACCCGAGGAUUUGACCUCGGAUCAGCCCAGGUUGUGUCUCUGGCCACGGGGACAAAGUGUUUGGACUUGGACAGACUGAAUGAAGACGGAUGGACUCUGAGAGAUUGCCACGCCGAGGUUCUCAGCAGACGGGCGCUGGUUCGGUUCUUCUACUCUCAGCUGGAGCUGCUGCUUUGUGAGCAGCGAACGGAGGGGCAGGACCCGUCGAUAUUCGUUCCAGAUAAAGACUCGACUCACCGUUUCCGACUGCAGGAGGGAAUCCGAUUCCACAUGUACGUCAGCUUGUCGCCGUGUGGAGACGCUCGACUCAACUGCCCGUACGAAACCGCACCCGCAUAUCCCAGCAGGAGGUUUCGCUGCCACCUCAGGAUGAAGGUGAAUGGUGGCGAGGGGACUCUGCCUCUCGUCUCAACCAGAACCAAUCAGAAAUGGACCGGAGUGUCACUGGGUCAACAUGUCUGCAUGGCCAGCAUGUCCUGCACAGACAAAAUUGCAAAAUGGAGUGUGGCUGGCCUCCAGGGGGCGCUCCUUUCUCAACUGGUGGAGCCGAUUUACCUGCACAGCCUGACAGUGGGCAGGCUGAGCCACACGGGUCACCUGGGCAGAGCCGUGACCCGCCGUCUGGCUCGGGUCAAGCACCUGCCGUCCCUCUACAGACGACAGCAGCUGCUCCUCGGCUGUUUGAGCAGCAGAGAGGUCUGCCCAGCUGGAAGAGCAGGCGAUGUUUGUGUGAACUGGAGUUUCGGUGAACAAACUCUGGAGGAGAUCAGCAGCUUUACAGGGAGGAGCAAAGAUUCAGGGAGGGCGUCACGAAUAUGCAGACGCUUCCUGUUCAGCUGCUGGCUGAGGCUGGAAAACAAGCUAAACACUCCUGUUUCGGGUCCUGGUGCCACCACAGCGACUUAUCAGGCAUCCAAGAUGGGUGCUGGGCGCUACCAGAAGGCAAUGCAGCAGUUUAGCAACGCUCUGCAGGAUGUGGGUCUUGGUUUGUGGCCCAGGAAAUCUCAGAAAGUUGGUUACGUUAGUGUUAAUGUGUAAACCAUGCAGUAAAGUCUUACUAUGUAGAAAAAAUAAGGUUCUGAGAAGUCUGACGUGGACAUACAAACAAGUAUUGUGUUAUAAUCUGCAAAGAGUUAGAAAUAGAUUAAGUCAAAGAAAAAAGCUGGACUUGCCUUCAGUGGAUGUUACUUUAGUGAAGGUGAAGUUUUCCAGCUUUGUUUUAACAAACUGAACAAUGUCUCUGGAAAACAAUCCUGAUCUGUUGUCUUGAUGAAAAUGUUGAGUCAUGGUCUUAUACAGAUUCUCCUGUGUGAAAAGUCUUAGAUAAAUAGGAUGUAUCCAU